AUGGCCGGUAAAACCGCCACCCGAGCCACGGCCGCCGUGCCCUUUGUCUUUCGCUUCGUCCUCACCGUCCUCGAACCCCUGGCGGCGGUCAGUGGCGCCUGGAUGUGCCUGCGCAACCCGGGGAGCUACCUGACCAUCAUGACACGCGACGCCCACCCCUUUACAGAGUCCGAGACAUUCAUGUACACCACUGUGGGAGGAAGCUGGAUUUAUUUUGCCUUUAUCCAGGCCGUCGUGAUGCGUCUUUUUGAUGACGUCCGUCUGUGGCGAUACUUGUGCGCGGGCAUCCUCCUCAGCGAUGCUGCGUACUGCCAUGCGACCGCGCAGGCUGUUGGUGGGUGGAAUGUGUGGCUAGACGUGGCAAACUGGACGAGAGAUGACCACAUGGUCUUUUGGUCGACUUGGCCUCAGAUCAUCAUCAGAGUUUUGGUUGUUUUGGGUGUUGGCUUGAAAAAGGUACCUGGGCAAAAGAAGCACAACUGA